GAUUUGAUCGAUAUUUUUAGCAACUGUGCCACGUGACUGAACGGUGUAACGCGCACGUUCGAUCCCGGUUUGGAGCGAUAAUGCGCUUCCCCGGCUGAAUUAUUCAGACGCACAGCGCAUUCGGUGAAACAAUUAUCACGAUGAGCGGGUUGGUAGCUGUCCGGACAAGUCCAGUGUCAUAUACUAGGCAAAAAUCGUUGAGAUGCACAUUAAAAGUGGACCAGCGGGCAGCAUCAAAAAGAAACGCUGACAUAUCACAGCAUUUCGUGAGAGAAAGUACCGUGGCCUGUAUACCAGACGUAUCCCGAAGAGCUAAGACAGGCGGUGGCAGGUUGCCGCCGCUUAAAGAAUGCAAAAAAACGCCACACUUGUGUAAUGAAUAUGUUCCGGAGUAUGUUGAUUGUCCGACAGCAUACCUAAAAAAGCUGCUACAAAAACAUCCUGACACAGUGAACAUGUCAAAUGGAGCGAAGGACAUGGAAUCAGCAAGAGAAAGUAAAGAAAAGUUACCAUUGCUGCCACCGACGACCACGACAAACGCAUCUAGGAUGCCCUUAUCGAUAGACGCUGUGCAAGGAAAUCAGUCAAAUGCGAUCGGUCUGCAUGAGAAAGCUAUCAAUCAGAAUGCUUCUGCGGUCUCGGAUAUGGGUUACGAAGAGGUUCACUCAAUGACCUCACAGUCGACAGGUAGACAGAGCGAACUAUACAAGAGCACAGCUAGAGAUGAAGGAGAACUUCGUCAUUCGGUCAAGCUUCGAAAUGCCGAUGGGCUUGACGAAGGUCGUGAUCGAUACCGUUUGAUGAUGGAAGAUUUGUUCACUCGACACAAAGAGCUAUCGACUCGGACAACGCGUAGUCCCAAAACCCCUGGAGCCACAUCGACGUCAACGGUACCAAGCAGACGAAUCCAGGUGCUCGCCUCAGUUCCAGAGGAUCCCAUGACAAAAUUCACUGGCAGAUUUAUACAACAUGCGUUAGGUUUUAAAAUGGCCGAAAAGAGUGAUUCACUUGUCGUGGAACCUGAUCACGAGAUCGUGAAACAAGUGAACCAGUUGUACGAAUGCGAGAAAGCGUUAUGGCCGGACGUGCCACAAUGGCGUUACACUCAAGUUGGUGAUUCUCUCGGUGUGGCGAAAUCGACGGUCAAUCGAUUGGUGGAUCGGCAGUUCUCUGUGACGCAACAGUCGUUUUUGGAUUCUGCAGCAACUGAGGAUGUGGUCUGCGCCGAGUCGGAACUGGAUCCUCUGGAGUCAGGUAGCGCUACGCCAACAACGUCGGAUGAUGAGAAGUGGAUUGACGAUGAGCGUGUGUACUUCCACUUUGAUCCUGUGGUUCAAGUUCAUCCGAAUCAGAGCCCUUGGCGUAACCGUACGCGUAUCAUACCCAAGCCCGUUGAGGAGGAGGUCAUCAGUGGGGGCUGUUCCGAACAAACCUCCACGACGAUUAUGCUAAAUCCGAUGGACCAAGUAAUGAACCUUGCAUCACAGAGUCCACAACAAUCGAUGGCUCUCAUCACGGGUGAUGGGACGGCACCUCAUGCAGCUUUUUCGACAGAAUUGGACCAACAUCAGGUUGCCGCAUCCUCAUACAACGAAAUACAAUCUCUCAGCUCACGGAGCAUCGAAGUUGCACAUGAUAAACGCUCACAACAAUUCAACCAAAGGCGACCUGUUAGCGAACCUCCAAAACUUGCUCAGGAGAUAAGCAAGGCACCCAAGCAACAGCAUUCCGAGUCACUGAUGGCACUCGGAAUUGAACCACUUAUCCAGAGGAACAAAGACUUAGGGGAACCGACAACCAGAACUGUUUUUGCUUUUCAGGAUCGCAGUCUACCCUUCUCUCCUUCAAAACAAACGAAAACUCAACGGGAGUCUAAACAUAGGAGGCACCGUGACAAAGCACCUUCGACCGAUCUGACGCAUUGCCAGGAAUUGUUCUCGGCAGCAAUGGAUCCAAAUCCGAUGGCUUGGUUUGAUUUGCUAGAUGAACGUUUGUCCACCUGCACAUACCGUAGCACAGUCCGUGAAAAACUAAUGGCUCAAUUUCGCCUGAAGGGACUGGCCAAGCGCUUUAUUCCCAUCCCCAACGGGAUGCUUGGAUUGCAGCGAGAAUUGGAAAAGGGUUGGGAUUUUCGCCCCAAGGCAGAGCUUUUGAUGAAGUGUGUGGUUAAGCACCAUGUGCUGAAGAUGCCAAUGCCGGUGGCGAAUUCUACGCUAGUGGAGAAGAUUUACAUGAAUUCUAUUGUGCGUCAUCCUGGUCUGUACAAACUAAUCCUACGACGCAGAGAGAUACUACCGCAAGAAUUGCAGCACUUUUUGAAUCGAAUCAUGGAAAUGACCGAGACCUCGGAUCGAAUGAUGGCAAGCAUAACCACAUCAACCACAAAGUUGGCCGCGGUAGCGAACGCGGCCAAGGAAAUGGAUGCUUCAGGCUUUAUGACGGGUGGACCGAAGAUAGACCAUGGCCGCAAAGAAUCCGGUAGCAUUUAUCAAAGACCCAGCACCAAAGAGCGUCUCUCGCAUUCUAACCGUCGGAGUGCAGCGGAAGGGAGUGCCAAAGAGGAGCUGAUCAAUUUCGAUGUUGCCCUGAAUUUAAUCAAUCAGGCUGCAAAAAAGGAUGGUGCAUUCUGCAGUUUAUACUCGAAGGAGACCGACUUUGACAAGGGUUUCUACACACAGUUGCACAACCCGUGUUCAAAUAUACUGGAGGAAGUUGCAUUUCAUCUACCAGAGUUUGCGUGGCAUAUCCGACCGCUUUUUGAACACCUUUGGGCCACUUUGGAAGAUGAUUUGCUUGAGAAGGUGGUACAGAAUAAAAUCGCCUCUCUUCUUGAAAACGAGGAGAGGGUAAAAAGCAUGACAGACUCCCCGGAUUCGAACCUGUCGGAUACUAGGGAUCCAAUGAACUGCAUCUCUCGGGCCUCUCUUGAGGCAAAAGGAUUAAUUCCCACUAGGUAUGACAUGCUAGAGUGGCCAGAGACUUAUGAAACAUGCGUGCAAAUGUUUAAGCGCGUACCACUGUAUUUUUCAGUGUCCCGCUCCCCCACACCAGGCGAUGGGACUCUCCACGAGCUGCUCAUAUGUCUACAUAUGUCCACGUACUACAAUGCACUGGGUUCUUUGUUAGUCAAUGAACUGGAUUCAUGGAUUCCGUAUCUGCUUAACGGAUUAGAGAGCACCUACUCUUCGGUCAGGGAAGAAACUUGUUGUGUCCUAGCCUAUCUCGUUUGUGCUUAUCGACUGAUCACUAAAUUGCAUGUGACCAGUAAAAAUUUACUGGUGGCAAACAUCACCUUUGGCGUGUUGUCAGCUAUUGGACACUAUCCAGACAGCUACGCAUUCUAUCACGGGCUACUCGGCUACAUGCUUCAUUCGGUUCCUUGUCUGUCUACGUUGGAUUGCAUUCUAAUGUGGCUACCCAGUGUGGAGCACAACGGAAACAACUUGGUUGCUCGUGAUUGGGCACUCUUCGUCUACUAUGUACUACGUCACUGGCCUCGAACCCCCUUCUAUUUGGAUACGAUGUAUCAGAAAAAGCUGAUCAAGCCUUUGGAGACAAGUUUUCUAACCAAACAUGCCAAGCGUCCUGCUCGCCUAGCCUUAAGUUAUCUGGUACGAACGUGCCACGUGCGCAGUGCACUGUUAACAUGUUGGCCAGAGAAUGAAGAUGCGGUGGUGUAGUUUUCCAAGGUCGAUGCAUCUCAGUGUGUGUGCGAAAUUUUGUGCCCAGAUGUCCAUAUUCCAUGUUGCAUCACAAAACCUACUUUACCGCAGACUCUGGCUACGCGAUAACUGAACUCCAAGUCCGUUUCAUGAAGAAGGUGGCCAGCGAUCUAUUCAUUUUUACCUUGCGUCUUCACAACAAACCCAUCCAAUUGAUGGGACGAGGUACAUGCAUUAAUGUAAUAAAGAUGAAUUGUACAUCCGGUAGAUUUGCUUUCGUGUGUUUUGGCGGACCACAGGUUAACGGUCAUCGAUGGUAACAUGACACAGAGAAGUUAUAAGACAUUACGGCUGUGCUUGAAGAAGUUUAAGGCGAUUCAUCUCUAGUGAUUUCAACUGGAGAACCACAUAUGCUAUGAAGAUCCGCUAAAUGGCUCUUGCGUUCGCCUAGACUCGUAACCAGUACGCGCCUCUCACUAAGCCGGCGAGCUUCCAAUCCACAUUAUCCUUGUCCGCUAAGCCAUGAGUGACGACGGCUCACUGAUAUGACUACGUUCACGUGACCGCACGGGAAUCAAGAGGAUGUGCGCUUUUACUGAGUCCGAUUUGGAACAAUGGUUUCUUACGGGUAAAAAAGCAUUGCUUAACAAAUCCCGUGGGAUGGAAGUUAUUUCGAAAAGUGGAUUGCAUGAGAACGUGGAAAAUGUUUUGAUGGACUCACCAUAGACUUAUGUAGAAUAGCGGAUAUGUUCGAGUAUUAAACGUAUGAAUCCAUAAAUCCAUUUGUUGGGAGUUCGGCACGACACCGCUGGAUUGCGUUUUGUAGCCCCUGGCUAACAAUUAAUAAACUGAAAUGUAAAUGAGACAACGC